AACGAGAGGACCCGACUGAUGGGACCGGAGUAUGCAACCCGGGCGUGACAGCAUGAUAGGUUCGUCCAUUUGGACCGGGAUGUUGAGGACCGUGCAAUGCAACCUGGGCGUGCAGUUGAGGACCGGAGAGAUGAGACCGAGUUUCCUCACCCGGGCGUGCAGCAGUACGGACAGCGCAUUCCAUUCGACGACCCGCAUCCCGCUCCAAGCCCGCGUGCUGAUCCAUCGACCCGCGUCCCGCUACAGGUAAGUUUUCUUCUCUUUUUCGACCCAGACCCGUUUACCCACGACCCGACCCGAACCAAAACCCCCUCCUAACCUUAUUUUCGACCUCUUCCUCUCAUUUCUCACCUCUUUCUCAAAUCUAAAACCUCUCUUGCCUCCAAGAACCAAAAACACCAUAUCUCACUCAAAUCUCCACCAAAUCAAUCCAUUCUUUUUCCUAAAUCAAAGUCUUUCUCCCAUUAGUCUAUCUUCUUGAAUCCUUUCUUCAUUUUCCAUCAUCCAUAGCAAGGUAUGAGUUCUUUAAGUUCAAAUUCAUAACUCUCAUGAACCCUAAAAAUUUGAACUUGAAAUUUGAGCUUUUUCUUGCUAGAUUCUUGUAAAAUAGACUAGGGAAAGCUUUUAUAUCAUGCUGGGUAGUGGCUUCAUGGUGGAAUUGAGAUUAAUUUGAGCUUUAAGAAAUUAGGGUUCAUGAGAUUGGGGAUUUUUCAAAAAUUGCUUGUUUUAGGAUAUUCUUGGAGUAGAUUGAAUGCUAAGUUGGUGGAGAUCCAGCUGUUCCUCAGCUCACCAAUGCACCAAAAGGCAAAGGAAUCGAAGACCUAACUUGGAAAUUGAUAUCAGGAAAGGGAAGAGAGGGUAGGAAAGACAGAAGCACAGCCAUCAAGCACCCUACCUUGCGCUAUCUCCACAGGUUCCUUAUCCACACCUUGUUCUACAAGAAGGAGGUGAGUAAUAUCGCUGGAGAGGAAUUGAGAUUUCUUCAUCAAGCUGUCCAACACUAUGCCUCCCACCCUCAGUUACCCAUUGUCCCUGAUGACUUCUACAGUGAUUUUGGUAUGGUGGGAUACUUUGUGACGCACCUCAUGUACUAUAAGGAUUGGGCUUGGACAAACCGCGAUUCCGAACCUCAGAUUGGGAUCGGUGGCUGGAUAACCCCACUACUUGGUUACUUGGGGAUUGAUUUGGGAACUGAUAAAUCAGGUCCAGCUUACUUGAAUGGAAAGUACCUCCAGGAGGUCCAAUUCCUAGCAGGGACAUUAGAUGGAAGGUGUGUCUACUCAUACAAGAGGCUCAACAAGAAAGCUGAGAUUGUUCUUCCCAACUACCCACUCACCACCUUGACAAGUCCGGGUGCAAUCAGGUUCGAUAUUGAUGAGGAGCACUUGCUCAAAUGCCAUGGAGCACUUGGCCCUGUGACUCAAAUGCCAGCAACAGGAAGCAGCGACGAGGUAUAUCUUCAGGGGUACGCAAGCAAGGCCACUGAACACCUUUUUGGCCCUCCUUGCUACAAGUUCGACCAGUUCACAGGUGCUUUACCUCUUGGCCCCCUUCGCGACGCUCAUGAUCAGAUCAGUACCCUCCAGAGGUGGAGCAGAGCUCAGGAUAGAACCAUUUACAAGCUCACCAACAAAUGUAAGGAACUGAGAAGAACCGUGAAGAGACAAGCUAAGGCCUCAGCUAUUUUCAUGAGAAAGGUGACUGAUGUUUUGACUAGAGGGGCUGUAGCUGGAUGUAAGGCAGAGGACUUUGACAUUGAUGCUCUCAUCACGCCCCCACCUCAGCCUCUCUAUGACCCAUCCGCACCAGAAUCAAGGGAGCAGUCUCUCCGCAGCUUGAGAAACCCAUACAUCUUCCCUUCAGAAUCAGGAAAAAAAUCUCCUUCUCUUGACACCACUGAUGAAGAUGACAACUCCGAGGCAUCAGCCUCUUCUCACGCUCCAUAGAGGUUUUGGAGCACACUAUGAGAUGAUGUGAGGUGUUUAAGAGCUCAAAGAUCCAAAGGAGGUGAAGAAUGAAGCUCAGCAGACCAAGAACUCUCUUAGGCUCGACCAGACCGGGAUGGAGGACCGUGAAGUGAGACCCGGGCGUGCUCGACCAGACCGGGAUGGAGGACCGUGAAGCGAGACCCGGGCGUGCUCGACCAGAUCGGGAUGGAGGACCGUGAAGCGAGACCCGGGCGUGCAGGGCAGGACCGGGAUGCAGGACCGGGAUCACCAUGCCGGGCGUGAAGAGAAGAGACCAUGGUUGAGGCUGGUUUUCUCAAACCGGUCCGGUUCGACCCAAUUCGACCUUGGGUCAUUUUAAACACUAUUUUGAAGCUCUAAUUAGCCUUGUACAAAGGGCAUUCUAGUCUUUUAUCAUAUGUGUCUCUCUUUACCCUAAACCUAAGUAUAAAUACUUG